GUUGUUUUCCUGAUAGCCGCCCGGGGUUCCCACUCGUCUCCUGCUGAACUCCGCCACUGCAAAAUUACUCAUUACAGCGGCACACCAGACGGACCAUAAGUUACAGAUGGACCAGCAGGACCAGUCCUAUAUGUUUGCCAGUCUCACACGGCCUCACUCUGAGCAGCUGCUGCAAGGCCUCCAGCUCUUGCGGCAGGAUCACGAACUAUGUGACAUUGUCCUUCGUGUGGGUGAUGCCAAGAUCCAUGCCCACAAAGUAGUGCUGGCCAGCAUCAGUCCAUACUUCAAGGCCAUGUUCACAGGUAACCUCUCAGAAAAAGAGACCUCUGAGGUUGAAUUCCAGUGUAUCGACGAAACUGCCUUGCAGGCCAUCGUUGAAUAUGCCUACACUGGCACAGUAUUUAUUUCCCAGGAAACGGUGGAAUCUCUGUUACCAGCUGCCAACUUACUCCAAGUCAAGUUAGUACUCAAGGAGUGCUGUUCCUUCUUAGAGAGCCAGCUGGAUGCUGGGAACUGUAUAGGGAUCUCCCGCUUUGCAGAGACAUAUGGCUGUCAUGACCUGUGCCUGGCUGCAACUAAGUUCAUCUGUGAGAACUUUGAGGAAGUUUGUCAGACAGAGGAGUUUUUUGAACUAACAAGGGCUGAGUUGGAUGAAAUUGUGUCCAAUGACUGCCUUAAGGUGGUCACAGAGGAGACUGUAUUUUACGCCCUGGAGUCAUGGAUCAAAUAUGAUGUAACUGAGAGACAGCAACAUCUAGCGCAGCUGCUGCACUGUGUACGCCUUCCACUUCUCAGCGUCAAAUUUCUCACUCGCCUAUAUGAAGCAAACCACCUUAUACGAGAUGACCAUGCGUGCAAGCACCUGCUCAACGAGGCCCUCAAAUAUCAUUUUAUGCCUGAACACCGGCUCUCCUAUCAGACUGUGUUGUCUGCACGGCCCAGGUGUGCCCCAAAGGUGCUGCUUGCAGUAGGAGGCAAGGCUGGACUCUUUGCCACAUUAGAAAGCAUGGAAAUGUAUUUCCCUCAGACAGAUUCGUGGAUAGGACUGGCCCCUCUCAGUGUACCCAGAUAUGAGUUUGGAGUGGCAGUGCUAGACCACAAGGUGUAUGUGGUGGGAGGCAUUGCUACACACAUGAGACAAGGCAUUAGCUACAGGAGACACGAGAGCACGGUGGAGAGCUGGGACCCGGAAAGCAACACUUGGUCCUCAGUGGAGCGUAUGGCAGAGUGCCGCAGCACACUUGGGGUGGUGGUCUUGGCUGGAGAGCUGUACGCCCUGGGAGGCUACGAUGGCCAGUAUUACCUCCAGUCGGUGGAGAAAUAUGUCCCCAAGUUGAAGGAGUGGCAGCCCGUGGCACCUAUGACAAAGUCCCGCAGUUGCUUUGCCACUGCUGUGCUGGAUGGCAUGGUGUACGCUAUUGGAGGUUAUGGCCCAGCCCACAUGAACAGUGUGGAGCGGUACGACCCCAGCAAGGAUGCCUGGGAAAUGGUAGCCCCCAUGGCAGAUAAGAGGAUCAACUUUGGAGUCGGAGUCAUGCUCGGCUUCAUAUUUGUGGUGGGUGGACAUAACGGAGUUUCUCACCUCUCCAGCAUUGAGAGGUAUGACCCGCAUCAGAACCAGUGGACAGCCUGUCGACCAAUGAACGAACCGCGCACUGGUGUGGGCUCUGCCAUUGUGGACAACUACCUCUACGUGGUGGGAGGUCACUCUGGGUCAUCCUACCUGAACACUGUCCAGCGCUAUGACCCUAUCUCAGACAGCUGGUUGGACUCGAGUGGCAUGAUGUAUUGCCGUUGUAAUUUUGGUCUGACUGCCCUUUGACCUUUGGCCCC